UUGUGAAUUUAAAUUGUGAAUUUUAAAGAGUUUUAAAGAAUUUUAAAUUUAAAACCAUUGGGAAUAUGAAAUCUUUUAAUGUUAUUUUGCUAAUUAAUAUUAUGUGUGUAGUGAAGUGUGACCUCAUAAAGUCAAAUCACAAUGAUUUUAUUAGUAGAAAUUUACUAUCAUUUAGUAAAUUCAAUUAUGAUACAGAUUAUAAUUAUGAUUACGAUAAUCCGUUUCCUUCUAACGAUGUUAAUGAUGACAGUGAUUUUUAUGGUAGUUAUGAGGAAAACGAUUAUGAUAACAGAAAUGAUAACUAUGAUAGAUCUAAUGAUGAUGAUGGCGAUGUUGUUGACAUAUUUUCCUAUAAUGGAGGUACUGAUGAUAAUGAUGAUAUUUCUAAUAAAGAAGACAAUACGGAAAAUGAUGAUGAUGAUAAAACAGGCCGCAUAUUUUCCGACAAUUGGGGUACAACCGAUGAUGAUGAUGAUAUUACUAACAAAAAAGACAAUACUAAUAAUGACGCUGGUGGUAAUACUGGCCGAAUAUUUUCCAUCAACUGGGGUACAAGUGACGAUGAUAUUUCUAACAAAGAAGACAAUACUGCAAAUGACGAUGAUGAUAAAACAGGACGCAUAUUUUCCGACAAUUGGGGUAUAACCGUUGAUGAUGAUGAUAUUACUAACAAAAAAGACAAUACUGAUAAUGACGCUGGUGGUAAUACUGGCCGAAUAUUUUCUAUCAACUGGGGUACAAGUGACGAUGAUGAUAUUUCUAACAAAAAAGACAACACUGAAAAUGACGAUGAUGAUAAAACAGGCCGCAUAUUUUCCAACAAUUGGGACACAACUGAUAAUGAUUCCCUUACAGAAAACACUUUAAAUAAUGCUAAUAUAGAUGAUAUUUUUAAUUCAAUAGAGAAUACUGAUAAUUUCGCUGACACAGUUUCUUCAAGUGAAAAUGGAGAUGAUUAUGAUGAUAAUAGUAUUAUUAUUCAUAAUAAUGAUAUUGACGAUGAUAAUACUGAGAUUUCCAAUUCAAUAGAGAAUACUGAUAAUGAUUGUAAUUCCGUUGACACAAUAUCCUCAAGUGAAAAUGAAGAUUAUGACGAUAAUAAUGAUAUUGACGAUAAUAAUAUUGAUGAUAAUUAUUAUGAUAAUAAUGAUUAUAAUACUGAAAAUGAUCAGAAUCCUUUUGAAAUCCAUGAAUAUUAUGAGUCAUCAUCGAAAAGAGCAGGAAUAUCGAAAAUUACAAUGAUUCCCACAGACAAAACUUUCAAUCCAUAUUUAAAGUAUGUAAAUCAAGUCACGGAAUAUAAUUUUGGAUCUAUUGUGUCAGAGGAAUCUAUGCUGGUGUCAAAGAUUCAAAUAGCUUUUAAUACAAGUCAAAAAAUGGAUACAAAAAUGCAAAUAUGCUAUCCAAAAUUAGAAAAUAUUGCAAAAGUAACAUGCCCACUUUAUUCUAUUAAAAUAGUGGUUGAACAAGGAUCAAAUAUGAACGAUGUUGCCAUCAUUUCUGGCGAAUUAAAUUUUUUACGUUCCAAACAACAAAUUUGUUUAGGAGUUGAAAUGAACAGUACAAGACAAUAUAGAGUAACUGCAGAUUUUUAUAGUAGAUUAUUUUGUCAUUUAUUUUUAUAAAAUAUUUAAUACAAAAUUUAAAA